AUGCAGUUACGCCGGCUCAUGCAAUUCUCCCGUCUCGAGAAGACAUGGAAGCUUUAUCUUCACACACCCGAGGCGCCCAUCCGCGUGCCUGAAAGACGUGUGCCAAUGUUGUUGUUAAUCCUCUGCCCACAAGCCCAAGCACAAGCUGAAUGGCAAGCAGGCAUGGGUGUGGAAAUGGAGACGUCUGCCUACAGCCGUACGUGGAACGGGCUAGAAGCCGGGCUUGGCCCAAUGGGCUCAAGCAGCCUCGAAGACGAGGACACAACUCCAGCCAUCCGUUCACUUGAGGAACACAGAUGGCCGAAGAGUUGGCCAAGAAAAUGGACGCAGAUCAGAGCCACGACCUUUCAGCCUGCCACAAGAGACAGUAGUAUUCCAGUUGGUCGCCUUUCCAAUCUCAAAUCCCAAGCCGACUGCUCAGAGGGGGAGCUAAGACCCAAGCUAACUCGAUUUUCCCGUGCUCACUUUCUUCUGCUCGACAGACGGCUUGCCUGGUGGCGGAGGCGGGCCUGGAAAUAA